UUUAAACUUUUAAAGAUAAAUUUGCAUGUAUUUCAGCGUCAGCAAGUGGUGGCAGCUUCAAGAAGAAAAAGAACAUCCGAUAUUCGGAAAUGAAACAGCCACCAUUGAUCAAACAGUCGGAAGGAAUUUUAUCUGAACACCCAGAUGGUGGUCAAAUACUGAAGGAUACUGGUCAAGUAGGUGAGAGUACAGAAUCAAGUUUGAGGAUGUGGCCUAAACCACCUGAUGUUGGAGGCUCAAUCAAUGAGGUUGGAGAUGUUGAUGACACAGAGAAUGUUGAUGAAGAGGAAGAAGAAGGUGAAGAUUAUGAUGAUGAUGAUGAUGAUGAUGUAGUGGUUGAAGGAGAAGAGGAGAAUGUAGUGGAGGGUGAAUCGGAGGGAGAAAAAGAGGGCGAUGCUGAUGAGGAAAUAGAAGAGGAGAUAGAGGAAGAACAAGAACCUUCGGAGGAAAGUAUGGAUAACAAGAGGGAACCAAUGGCAGCCCCUGUUGCAGGAUCGGGCUAUUCCUCUUCACCAAGAGACAAUAGACCAGUUGAAGUGAGAGAAAUACACAGAGAGACUAAUAGAGAAGUGUUUGACACUGCAGAAAUACAGAAGAAAAAUAUAACUGAGAUGAACCCUGAGAAGAGAAUCAAUAACCCCAACUAUCUAAACUGGAUCAAAGGAACUUUAGCCCUCAUGCAUAUGUGUGACGUCGUCCGUAACUAUGCUUAUCACAUAUUUGAUAAGUUCUUAGAUACUAUUUCAGACCGGUCGCAUUAUAACUGUGGAUCAAAUUAUAAAUUUUUGGCUUAUCAUGCGAAAUGGGAUUCCAGUCAGUGGAAGUUUACAACGACUUAUCAAUGCGUGUGCCACACUUUAUUUCAAGAAAUAUUAAGACUUCACUCCUUAGAUGACAAACGUAUUGGUUUUACAAAUUGCAAAGCCAAAACUGUUGGAGGACCAUGGGGUUUAGCAAAAUUUUUCAUGCCAGAGAGCAGGCAUUGUGCUGAUAUUGAAACACCUGGAGAAACGGAACCUAUUUCCGUCUUAAAGAUGAUUCAAAACUGUCGUCUUUUCGACCAUAUUGCACCUGAAAAUAUUAAAAUUAUAAUUGAAAGUAGAAAUGCGAUGAUGAAUUCGCCACUGAAUAAUAUAAAUGAUGCAGACUUGGAGAAGUACAUUGAUGCUAUGGUCGACUUUUUGAAAGAUGCUAUGAAUUCACAGAUAAAAAGCGACAUUCGACAGCAGCUGGACAAAGCUCAGAAGGAAAUCCGUGAGCUCAGGUAUGCAAAUAUGAGAGUCUGCUUCGAGAAAAUGCAGAGAGAGCGAUAAACUUCAAGAAAAGAUUGGUCAUUGGUAGUAGAAAGAGAGAGUAUGAAGAGGCCGAUGUUGCUAAAUUAGGUGAAUAUCUCGACAUCCUGGAUGAACUCGGAGGCGAUCUUCUAGCGUGGAAUAAAAAGAGCUGGGAAAUCGGGAAGCUAAAAGAAAUUGGAAAUUACCGGGACAUUCUGAAUAAAGCAAUAGAUGAAAGAGAUGAAGCAAUAAAAAGUUUGGUUGAAAAAAGAAAAGAGCUUGAAAAUGUUAAGAUUGAAUUAAAUGACACGGAGGACAAACUACGUGCAGCCGAAAAGAAAAUAUUUACUGUACAAAGAGAACUUAAAGAUACACAAGAAAGAUUGGAUGCAAUAACCGAACAACAUAAAGAUAAACAAGACGAGUUAAAUAGCCAAAAAAAAACAAUUAGAUUCAGCAACCAAAGAAAAUGAAAGAUUACAAGACGAACUGAAUGAAACAAUUGAAAAAUAAGAUGCAGUAACAGAAAAAAAAGAAAUACUUCGAGACUAUUGCUGUACAACCUGUUAGAAGAAAUCCUUUUGCAGCCAUGUUGAUUUUGUUAUUCUGUUCGAGAUAUGUUCCUAAUUUGUCUAUAUGUAUGAAAAUUAAUUGCUCAUAAUAAACCUUUAUGUAUUUUAUUAUAAUCAUGUCUUAAUUAUGUUCAUUAUUUUACGUUGCUCAUAUAUGUUAUAUUUAGUGGCAAGAGGAAAACAAUUUUGAAAAGGGUUACAUACAAAUGUUUUUAGUGAAGGUGUAACAGCGAAGAUAUUAUUGUUUGUUUGCGUUUUACGUUGCACCAACACAUAUGGCAACUUACCAGCUUUACUGGUGGAGUAGGAAUGAUAUCGUUAUAGAAAAUAUAUAAUGGAGAUGUAAAAUAAAGGUGUAUCUGUGUAAAUAUCAUCAUGUUGAUGGUCAUCAUGAUAAUAUUGUUACUUCUUAUUAGUUUACUGACAACUAAGAA